UUGUUACCUGCAGUUGGCAAGCAUGAGUUAACUGGGCACAAAGUGGCAGUGAAGAUCCUGAAUCGACAGAAGAUUCGCAGCCUUGAUGUUGUAGGAAAAAUCCGCAGGGAGAUUCAGAACCUCAAGCUCUUCAGGCAUCCUCAUAUAAUUAAACUGUACCAGGUCAUCAGUACCCCAACUGACAUUUUUAUGGUGAUGGAGUAUGUAUCGGGAGGAGAACUGUUUGAUUAUAUCUGUAAAAAUGGAAGGCUUGAUGAGAAAGAGAGUAGAUGCCUGUUCCAGCAAAUCCUUUCUGGUGUGGACUACUGUCACAGGCAUAUGGUGGUACAUAGAGAUCUGAAACCUGAAAAUGUGCUGCUUGAUGCACACAUGAAUGCCAAGAUAGCUGACUUUGGCUUAUCAAAUAUGAUGUCAGAUGGAGAAUUUUUAAGAACCAGCUGUGGUUCCCCUAACUAUGCUGCACCAGAAGUAAUUUCGGGAAGGUAGCUCUUUUAUAUUGGUUGCAUGUGUGCAUGUGCUUCAGUCAUU